AUGACACAAAUUAAGGCCCCUCCAACGUCUUCCACCACUGUGAAGCGCUUCCCCCAUAUCCACGAUGACCCGGCGACUUUGCCUAAGUCCUUGGACCCCUUCACUAUCACUACCUCUACUGGCUUCUUACCCUUCAUCAUGUCCCCUACCCGGCUGCCUGACGUUUUUCAACCCUUAAUGUCCUUGCUUGAGCGUCUCCCUGUGGAGAAGGCAGAUGGUACCCCUGGUCUCCUCGCCACCUAUGAACUGGGUCCUGCUGUCCUGGCGGAGCUUCCUGACCUGACCGCCGAAGUCGACAAGCUGGUCACUGCUGAUGGCUCCCCAGACUUAUAUGCUGUCACUGCUGUGUUCCGGGACUACUCUUUUCUCGCAUCUUCAUACCUACUUGAGCCAUGCUGGGAGAGCUGGUGCAAGACACCUGACCAAGGUUAUGGUCUGGGACGCGACGUGCUUCCUAGGGCUAUUGCUUGCCCUAUGUAUCGCUGUGCUCAGCUGUUGGACAUCCCACCCUUUAUGUCCUAUGCUGCCGCAUACUCUCUUUUUAACUACACCCUUGCCGAUCCUGCAAAGGGUCUAAUCUAUGACAACCUCCGUCUGGUCCGAGCCUUCGAGCGUGGCCUUAACCCCAAGUCUUCUGAGGCUGGAUUUAUCUUGACCCAUAUCGACAUGGUCAAGGAGUCCGGUGGCCUAAUCAGCGGAGCUCUCCGGGUAGUCGACACCAUUGAACAAGGCGGUUCUCGAACCGAAGUCAACGACGGCUUCAGAGAGAUCCUUACCGCCAUGGAGAAGAUCGAAGCUUGCAUGGAAGAUAUGUGGGCCAACUCCAAACCCAGCGAAUACCUCUCCUUCCGGGUAUUCAUCUUUGGCAUCACCAACCAGUCCAUGUUCCCCAACGGUGUAGUCUAUGAAGGCGUCCUAGACAACAAGCCACUCAACUUCCGUGGCGAAAGUGGCGCUAACGACAGCAUUAUCCCCCUCCUUGACCACCUCUGCCAAAUCCCUAUGCCUUCCACGCCGCUCACCAAGAUUCUACACGAAUUCCGCGCCUACCGACCCCUCCCUCAUCGCGAGUUCCUCGCCUACAUGAACUCCAAGGCAGCAGAGGUGGGCGUCCGCGACUUCGUUGUCAAGGAUACCGAGACUGCUAUUCUCUUCUUGAAGACAUUGAACCACGUCCGGAGCUUCCGCUGGCGUCAUUGGCUGUUCGCCCGUGAGUAUAUCAUUCGGCGUACGCCGCAUCCCACCGCUACCGGUGGUAGUCCUAUUGUUACGUGGCUCCCUAAUCAGCUCUCUGCUGUUAUGGAUAUGAUGAUUGUAAUUUACGAUACUUAUCUUGCUCCGCAGAAGGACUCGGAGAACGUGGCCAAUGGCUUGACUGGAUAUGAUGCUUCUUUCCAGAAGCAGGUUGAGCCUAUGAUAGAGAUGGUCCGUGACCAGAAGGAUAAGUUGGCCAAGGAGGUCGAGAAGUGGUGUAAGGAGAGAGGAAAUGGUUAUUGA